AUGGCCCUGAUUGUUGGUUUAAUGAUUGAUGGCCUAACUGUGUAUAGCUACUCACCUUUGCGAACGUUUCAGAGUCGUCUGGUCGUUAUAAAUCAGAAGAUCCUCGCUUUACCCGCCGGCCACACUAAUUCUGGGGCAAAAGCCCUCGAGCAUCUUAAAGCCCUCGAGGAUGGUCAGUUAGACCGAGACACGAAAAAGAUCUAUCCAAAGGUCUCCAAGAUCUUGUUGGGCAUGCCAGACAUCGUGCACCCGGAAGAACUACGUUCAUGCCUCCCCCCAAGUGUCGAGAGACCUGGAUUCUAUGUCAUCUUCGCUAAGCGGAGAGACGGAACCUGGGCCGUCUAUGUUGGAUCCGCGCUGGACAUGUAUCUACGACAAAGCCAGCAUAAGACAAGAAUGCGCGGGGCCUUCAGAUAUGGCGACGGCUGGAAACAAGCACAGAGUGUGCACCUCGAGAUAGCGAAGCCCGAGUAUGAGCGGAUCUACUUCCGCCGACUUAUGACGAUCCCCCCAGAGAAGCUGGAGUUCAGAGCAGUGCUUGAGAUGCAGUGCAUAAUCCUUCUCGACACUCUUUCGGCCCAAGCUCGUUGCCCUUACAGGCCCCCAGGGGCUGUCAUCGAACUGAAAAAGUUCGCUUUCGAGCACGGUCUCCUCCGAAAACCACAGGUGAAGCUCAACAUGGCUCUACCCGUAUACGAAAGCCAACAAAUGUGGCGUAUCUAUGGUAAGAUGCCGGAAAAUUGUCCCAGUUGUCAAAAUGCAUGUAUCCUCGUGCCCAGCUGCAAGUAUGGCGGUUGGUUAUGUCGCCGGUCCUGGAGAGAGAAAUAUCAUGAACAGCUACCAGACGAGCAUCCGAUGAAGGCGGAAGCUACGGAUGGUGUGCAAAUCGUUCGCGACGUUCGAGGGCAGUCUCCCAUCAAGAAUAAACGGCAUUCUACAUUGCAGUGCCCGUUGUCAGUAUCAUGGCAGGCACGGACAUUUCUGUGA